AUGCGCUCGCGCACCGCUGCAACUCACACCGCGCACUUAACUCGCCAUCGAGCUUUUGCACACAUACGCAUGUUCCCAACUGUACGCGUAUCGUUCGCCGGGUGCCGCGCGGAGGCUCGGUACGCGGUGCUGCUUGACGUGGUUCCGGUGGACGGCAAGCGCUACCGCUACGCGUACCACCGCUCCUCGUGGCUGGUUGCCGGCAAGGCGGACCCCCCAGCGCCCGCGCGCCUCUACCCGCACCCCGACUCACCCUUCUCGGGAGACCAACUCCGCAAGCAGGUCGUCUCCUUCGAGAAGGUCAAGCUCACCAACAACGAAAUGGAUAAGAAUGGGCAGUUGGUAUUAAACUCAAUGCACAAAUAUCAACCACGAAUACACUUAGUUCUCCGACGGGAGGGAGCCGUUAAUGCUCCUAUAACCGACCUCGAGCAGGAAGAAUUCAAGACAUUCAUAUUUCCUGAAUGCGUCUUUACAGCCGUCACAGCUUACCAGAAUCAACUCAUAGAAUUAGAUCAGUCGCGCUUGAUAGACAAUUUGAUAUCUAAAAUAGAUCACAGGACAAAUGUUUGA